AUGUCAAGUACAGGAAAACAUUUUGCAGUCCCCAAGAACAGUCCAAGGUCACAAAGAUCAAGGAACUAUCACUUCAUCAAAGUGCUAAGAAGUCGAGGAAGUGUGAACCCUCUACAGCUCAUUAUCAAUGGUACUAUAGAACUAGCAGAAGGCAAGCUAAAAGUAAAUGAAGGUAAGUUGUGGGCUGGCAUUGGCAGGGGGACAAUCAGCAGAUAUGGGAAUGGUUAGUGCCCUAGGCUAGUGUUACAAGGGAAACAACAUGCAUGUGUCAAAGACCCUCCAGUUAAAACAACUUAUCAAGGAUUUUAUGUAACACAGGCUCACUCAACCCUGCUGUUUCCCUGAACAUACACCAAUCACAUCUAAGGCAAGAGAUCGUUGAGCAGCAAGUCAUCGUUGAACACCCUUGAGAACUACAGGUUUGCAACAAUCCCAGAUCUAGGGGGUAAACGGUGGCAUAUCCCCCAGGAAGCAAGUUGGGGGUGGCAAACAACAUCAUGCCCUGAGCCUGGAUGGCAUAACAUGGGAGAGAGCAAAGAGGAGAAAGAGGUGAGAGAGUGAGAAAGAGGAGAUGCUGCCCAGGACAGCUGUUGCGGCUGCCAGGCCAGGAGACACCUCAACCCUGAGGAGAAGGCACAGCUUCUCAAGGCAUCUCCUGCUGCCACAAUGGCUGCUCUCUCCGGCUCUCACAGCUUUGCAGGUCCCAACCAUUCACCACCACCACCCAUCCUCCAGCAACUUCAAGAACACCGAUGCACAGCCAAGGAAAGAUGAGGAAGAGACAGGGACAAGCCCACCAAGUGUGCCUGGCUAGGAGUGAGGUUCAAACUGUCUCCCUCUGUCUGGUGCUCCAGAAGGGCAAGGUCAGCUUCUCCCUUUCCCUGGCCAGCUCUGGGUCUGUCUGUGAGCAAGCACCUGGGCCUGUCUUCCUCCUGCCACCUAAAAGGCAGGGAAACAUGCACACCUGCCUCUUGCUCAGCUGGGUGGCAUAUGGGAAGUGUGCCUCCGAGUACAUACAAAGCACGCAUGCUGCCAGCAAUCCGAGCUGGAAAAAAGCUCAUCAGACUGUCAUGGCCUUGCCCCUUUCCUGACAUGAGAAUAGUCAUUUGUAGAGAGGUUGCUUUCCUUCUUCUUCCUGUGAAAAUAACUUACUUGUGAGAAUAACUGCUGAAUCCAGUAGUUCUUCCAAGGUAACAUCAGGCAAUAACAGUACAAGCAAUUAAUAAAAUAACAACCUACAUUGCUGCAUUACAAAGCUAUGAGUAUACUGUUAGGAGUUUGUUUGUCUGAAUAAACAAUACCACCAUAGUUUAUUUGAUAAAAUUCAUAGGUGAUCAAAAACUUAAAUGUACCAAAUGCCCCUUUAGGACUCUAGAGUUGGAAUGUAAUACCCACCAGAGUUUGAGAGAAAAAUAGAUAGGCAGGACUGGUGUUUGCAUCAUGCAGCAGCAUCUAGCCCAUGUUGCACCACAGCACAACGUCAUCUUCCAAACCAACAACUCCAAGUUUCCAUUCAGUUCAGCUUCAGAGAAGGAUGCUAGAAAGAGUUUUUGCAGUAUGAAUUUGAGCAGAGACAGAGCAAGAAAGGGCUGUGGGCUAGGAGAAGGUAAAGCACCUUGGGAUGCUGUAGCCUUCUAUGAAUAUCUAAUGCAGGGUCAGAGGUUAUGCUGUCUGCUGCAGGACUUUAUUUGCAUCACCAAGCUCUGGUUAUACGAAAGGAAAGUAGACCCUAUCACACUGUUCUAAGUCUUCUCACAGCUCAGAAAGUGGGGAGCACAAAGCCUUACAGCAAAAUGCUCCUUGGGUUUACUUGGAAGUGAUCUCACUACGCUCAGUGGGACUUAUCUCUCAACAAAAACAUUUAGGUCUUCAGCUUUAAACAACAUUUCCCUUUUUACACCCACUUCAAUAAAAAAAAUCUUUCAAAACAACAUAAUUUCUUCAAGACGACUGCACUCCUGACAAAGGAUUACAGAAUGACAUUUAAGUUUGUGAAAACUUCAACAGCUAAGGAAGGAAAAAUAACCCAUUGGUUUCCAAAGACCGUACACAGCAGUUCCAUGUGUGCUCAGUGCCAAUUCAAUUCCCUCUGUUCACAGCUGUAGAGAAUUACUGUCCUUGGGUAAGCAAAGGGGAGUAAAUUGUAUCUUCAUUAGCACUCCAAGUCAUAAAAAUCAUGUUUCAACAGCCGCAAAAGCUCACUGCUUGGAUUUCGCCACAGUUCAAGUUGAGGCUGGAGUUUCUGCACAUCAGGUCAAUAAUCCAUGUGUUCAAAACCCAGUCACGGAAAAUGCAUUAAUAUAAGCUGUGCAUUAAGGCACAAUUAUUUAUACACAGAGCAGUAAUGGCUUCUAUCAACUCUCACGUCAGGGGAAGUGGAAAUUCCAUUUUUAGACAAACUAGCGCUUUAAUAAAAGUAAUACAAUACUAACAAACUUAACCCAUAAGGAUGGCAAAGCAGCACAUUCAUUUUCUGAUGCCGAUGGAAAUCGCAUAAUAUGAAGAAUGGCCUAAUUCAAUAAAAUUAGCUAACAACACUAUGGGGAAAUAUGGUCCCAAAGAGUUCCAUUUUCAAAGCAUGCCUUAUUAGUUCUCUGUUGCACAUGCAACUUUACACCAGGACCAUAAACUACUGCACUGAACUAUUAGAAAAUCAAAAGGGUAUAGGGGCAAGAUGGAGAUGGCUAAGGAAUUUCAACAGGUGCAUCUAACCAUGCACAGAUACAGUAUAAAAAAAGGAAAAGAGAAAAGAGAAAAGGAAAAAUGAGCAACAUCUGCUGAAUUCCCUCUUAACACCACCAGUCAAAAGUGCAUGACAGGAGUCCUUUGCUCUGAUUAGCCAAGUGAUGGUUUACUCUUCUUGUUUUCUGGACUGAAGGAAACACUCCAAUCCUAAAAGCCAGUGUGGUGUUAGCUGUUAGAGCAAGAUCUUCAAUGUGGAAUGUGGUGCACUUCAGAUGUUUUGUUGGACUAUAGUUCCCACCAGCCCCCAGCCAACACAGCAAAUCGUAAAGGGUGAUGGGAGCUGUAUUCUGGGAAUUAAAAUAUCAAUUCUGCACCUGUGCUUUAUUUCAUUAUUUAUUGCCCUUUUUAUUUGAGUUGCAUCUUGCCCCUCCUCCCCACCCCAAGUAGUCCAUAUGUAUCUAUAUCUAUAUCUAUCUAUCUAUCUAUCUAGGUAAAGGUAAAGGACCCCUGACAGUUAAGUCCACUCGUGAACAACUCUGGGGUUGUGGCACUCAUCUCACUUUACUGGCUGAGGGAGCCGACGUUCCGCGACCUUCCGAUCGGCAAGUCCUAGGCUCAGUGGUUUAGACCACAGCGCCACCCGCGUCCCUCUAUCUAUAUUUGAGUUUUGUGUUUUUGCUCAUUCAGCUAUAUUCAUUCAAUUAAUAUCUAUGCAAGUAUGCUCUCUACUUUCCUCAGCCAAAUGCUGACACCCCACCACAGGAUGACCUAGAUGACAAGCUAUAUUGCAUCCACAUUCUGCAAGGCCUUUGGGCAAGAUACUCUCUGUGAGUCUACCUCCUCACUGCCAUGGGGCUCUUAUCAGUGGGUCCCUUGCCAGGGUGAAGGCUCUCAGCAGAUAUCUGACCAUGCUGACCCUUGGUGCUGGCACUAACAAGGACUCUCCACAUCUCUCCUACCAGGUCUUUCCAGCCUAUAACACAUGGCUUGGCAGAACUCUUUGAGAUUCAGAAGACUUAUUCCCAGGGCCACAGGAGCCUGCAGAACAAGGCACCAGCCCUUAAGAUGCAAACAGUUCAGUGGAGAUGGAGGGGCCAACAGCAAGACUGGUUGAGCCAAUCUUCAGAAGGCCUCUGAAACAACAGUUCCACUCUACUCUAGGCAAGGCUCUGACCUGGGCUUGCCUGAAUGUGGUUCUACCACAUCAGUUGGUAAACGAAGAGGUACUACAACUGUUGACUGCUCUCCUAUAUCCUGGAGACCAGCUGGGGCAGAACAUGGCCAUGUUACUGUUUUGUUACACUAACACUAAUGUGGAAACAAGUUCCAUUAAAAUCAAUGGAAGUAGCCACCUAGGACUGGAGAUGAUGCUCUGCAUGCUUACAUCCAGCCACAUCAGUGUAUUGGGGCUUUGAAGUCGAUGUGGGCCCUCUCUCUGCAUCUCACAGGAAGUAGGAUAGAAAGUUGAGUAGUUUGUGCCUAAGUGUUUUGCGGGAGCAUGACAAAUCUUUUGCUAUGGUGCACAGCAAGGGGUUUUCUUGGCUUGCUUGUUCCAACUUCUAAAGUAAAAAAGAAAGAAAGAUGAGAAAUCUUUAUUUCCAGACAUUUGCCCUAGGUACUGCAAGACCUUUUUAUCAAUACAAUAGCACAACAUUAACUAGAGCGACUAGACACAAGGAAAUGAAUCAAGACCUGGUGGUGCAUGCAAGUCUUGAAUGUUAAUGGGUAUGUGUAUUACUUACCAACAACAUGAAUAAUGGUUAAGAUCUGACCUCAAGGAGGCACUCAGGUUUAAUGUGCAGCUAAUUUCAGUGCCCAUUUUAAAAUGUGUUAAUUUCACUUGCAAAGCGUGUUUCUUUAGAACAGGCCAGGGCCAGUCAACUUCUGCACUCUUGGGGGCUGCUCGCUCCCAGCAGCGCUCCAGAUAAUAGAAGCAAAUUUUGCAGCACAACCCACCACCUCCUUUCCUAUUCAGAUGCCAGCUUGUUUUCUUCUGUUUCUUACUGGUCCUUUUCUCUGCUUCUAACAGCAGUCCAAUAUGCAUAAAUUUACCCUGUGAAACUUCUCUGACACAAAGAGAAACAGCUGGCAAAAGCUUCCCUGCCUUCAUUUCUGCUGUUAGAAGUUGAGAAGUCAGGAUCUAUAACACAGUCAACACAAUCUAGCAGUAAGAGUUCCACAGUUAUGGGGCAUUACACUGAAAAUCCAAGGGGGAAGUGUGGAAUCUCUCUCACACUCAACCCCUGAAAACAAUCUUCUUUAUGAGCAAAACUACUGGCAAGUGUUUUACAGUACUACAUCUGCACCAAAAUCAUUUUGUCAAGGGAAAUAAAAUUAAGUCGGGGACCAGAUGUAGCCCAUGGGACUUACUGGCCAACCUUGCUUUAAAAACACUUCAUGCGGUGUUUUAAACCGUCACUUGCUUGUCACAUUGCUUCAACGUUGAAAAGCUUUCAUCAAAUUGAGAAUGACAGACCACUUACAAUCCAUAUGGAGAUCUUUGGAUGUCCACUUAGAAGUAAAUCCAUGCAAAUAUAAUCCACUGAUAGUUCAUCAAGGCUGCAAUCCUAUUCACACUUAUAUAAGUGUAUAGGAUUGCACUCUUAAUGCAAUACCACACAUAAUCAAAAUGAAUCUGAUUCUAAUGAAUCUGCAAUUAAGUAAUGCAACAGACCAACAUAGGAGGAGCUACGGUUAGGUUUUUUAUGCCUUUCUUUACUCUCUUGUCCCUAUCCCCCUGGUAAUUUUAGUGAACUACUGAACAUCAGUAGUACCCACACAUAUUUCUCAUUUAACUUCUCUUAUUUUCCCCCUGGUUUGUUCCUAAUGCACACUUCAUGCUGAGAUAAGCAUUGCAGCUAUCCCAUGAAUAAGGGAUUACUGGAGAAUCUGCAUUUUGAAAGAGACGCAUUGUGCCUAACUCCUUCUGCUCAGGAUGACAAAAACAGCUAUUGGACCCUGGAACUUUACGUGCUAUCACUUUAAUGCUGGCUCUCCUUCGAUUUCUUGAAAGAUUAUUGGCUUUGCCAAUAAUAAAUGAAUCUGAUCCAACAGCAAGCCACUGUCCAAGCACAAAGCGAUGGUGCAUGAUAGCCACAAACAUGGGGGGACAACACCACCCUGAUCAAUGACCACAUAGCAUUACUGAUUCUUAGGGGGAAUGCAGCAAUCUGCGUAUGAUCCAAUUUGAGAACCACUCCAUCUUUAUUUCUAAUGUGCAACACCAGCUUCAGGAAGUCAUAUAUCACCAAAAGAGAGGAAAUGCAUUCCCAAAAGAGACAAGAUGGCACAAUUUGCUUAAAAUGUGCAGACUAAUGACUAUGCAUAGAUGCAAAUUUAGAGGGGGGGAAACUACAUAGAGAAACAACACAUCUCACCAGGUGACCUGUGCUGUCCAGGUGCUAACCACUGCUGGGCAAUUUCAAUGGCCCCCUUGCUCUCCUUUCUUAAGGUUCUUAAUCUUUAAAUGGAACUUGGACCAAACAGCCCUUCAAACACAAGAACUGUCUCAGUAAUGUAGGACAAACAAUCACCCUAGUUUCAAUCCAACUUCAGUAAGUUUUAAAAGGUCCAUGAUGCACAGUCAGUGUCCAACUUCAUCAAUGUCCAACUUAAAAUAACAAACUUAGAGAUGUAAAGACCCAGAAAGAAAGGGGGGAAGGGGGGGAGGUGAGACACAUUUUUCCUGGUUAUUUGCAGGCCUUUCAUUUAUUUAAAGCAUUUCUACCCUGCCCCUUCAGACUUGCGCCCAGAGCUGCUUACAAACAAUCUAAAAUAUAUCACUCAGAAAGGGAAAGGGAUAGAAAGGGAGGUAUCAAGCAAGCUCAUAUACCAAUUCUUAAAGUUACAGUUCUUAUGAGGACCAGCUGGGGAAAAAACAGUUCAGGUGGCCUGAAGGAAUGGCUGCUGCUGCUGCUGCUGCUAAGUGACCGUUGAAGGAAGGCCAAAGGCAGCUGGUCUCUCAGCAAAAUAUUGGCUUCUCUCCCUCUGAUCUACAGCCUCCGCAAACUACAUAGAUUAUGUUUACUUGAUUGCCUCCCACUACACACACACACAGAGAGAAAAGAAAUAAAUCAAAGGCGGAAGAAAUGAAUGAAAGAACUUGGAAUGAGUCAGGGCCUUUCCCUAUCCAUAUCACCACUGGAUUAAAAGCGACAAGAUGAGCAGUUAAGGUAGGAGGCUGGUUAUUCACAGGAACGCCAGAAUUACCCAAGAGUAAAUCGCAGUAACAGCAACGAAUGAUCAUGUAGCAAAAAAAUAAAAUAAAAGAUGGCACCAUUCACACCCAAAGUUGCAGAAAUACAAAAAAUCCUAAAAAUGUGUGUGGUGGGAGGAGGACAUAAGCAGACAUGCACCAAUGGGAAAUGAGCAUGUUCAGGGGCCAGAGAACACAGAGUGGGGGGUUUUUUUUGGGGGGGGAGAAAACUGGGUGGGCUGGAAUAGAGUAUUCUGGGGAGAAUGACUGUCUGAAUACUCCAUUCCAACCCACCACAUUUUCUUUCCCCCAAAAGACACUCCGUGUUCUCUGGCCACUAAGCAUGCUCAGUCCACACUAGGGCAUGUCCUCUCCCUCUCCUCACACUUUUAGGGUUUUUUUAAUUGUACUUCUGCAACUCUUAGAGUUCCCCAAAACCUGCCAAUGUAUUUUGGUGCGGAUUAUGCCAUUUUUGGCUACAUAGUUAUUAGAAGUGAAAGGAGGAGUUUGUAUAUAAAGGAUUGUCACAGUCUUACUUGUUUGUUUUCCUCUGUACCAAGGAUGGGGCAUCUGCGGCCCUCCAGAUGUUGCUGGAUUAUAACUCCUAUCAUUCCUGGCUGGGGCUGAUGGGGGAUGGAAUCCCACAACAUCUGGAGAGCCACAAGUGCCCCAUGCCUGACCUAUACCCAAAUCUGCCAACUGAGGAUAACUUGUUAUGCAUCAAGCUUGCCCACCAAAGCUUACGUCACCCAUAAUAAAUUUAUUGAGUCUUUUAAGGUGCCACAAGACUUGUUUUUGUUGUGAUAGACAAGCUGUAAGAAAAUAAGAACAACGCUGGUGAAACAGUGCAAAGUCCUGUCCAGCCUCCUGUUUUCUACAGAGGCCAAAUGGAGGACCCAGGAAAUUAUGUUCACAGUAAUGCGAAAGGGAACAUGGUCAGCACAUACUUUGAUUCCCCAAGCAUCACCAGUAUAUAUUCAUAUCCACUGUAUAGCAGGCUGGGCUCGGCUGGGCAAAGCAAUGGGAUACAAAGUCUUAUGUGAAAAAUCACCCACUCCCCAAAGUACAGCCCUUCACACAAACAAUCUCAUCCUUGUGACGAGGUGAUGUUGAAAGACUCUUUCCUCCUCCUGCUAAAUGAAUAACCUGCAGUGCACUUUGGGUGGGGGAGGAAUAUACAGAUCUUGCCCCCCCCCCAUUAGCUGUAAAAGUUAUAGCUUAAGCAAGCUAGCCUAAGGUGAAAGACCUUGACUCUUGCCCCUCACCCCAUCCAAUACAAUUCCCAUAAGCCUCCAUAGUGUCUUCCUGGUGGUAGUGCAGGAGUAGCUAACAUGUGGCCUUCCAGAUGUUGCUGAACUACAGCUCCCAUCAUCCCCAAAUAGAGGCCAUGCUAGCUAGGGUUGAGAGGAGUUGGAGUCCAGCAAUGUCUGGAGAGCAACAGGUUAGCUACUGUUGCUAUAAGGGAUAGUUCCCUCAGGGCCGGCCCAACCAAGAGGCAAGGUGAGACAACUGCCUCAGGUGGCAGAAUCCUCUUGGACAGCAGAUCCCGGUGUUGAACUUCCUUUCCCCACCUUGCUCCUGAUGUAGAUCUUUCCUCACCCCAUCUUCCCUGGCAGGGAGGAAGGCGUCAAUUUAGGGUCUGCCUCAGAUGCCAGAAUGUAUUGCUUUCCCUUGGUCUACUUCUCCCAGUAAGACUUAAUCUUCCAAGGACACAAUUCAAUUUUCCCACCAAAAACCUCAACCACCACCUUCCCUUUCGUCUCAGGAAAUGGCACAUCUCUCAAAGAAAGUCUGUAGUAAGAAAGCGAUAGAACCCAAUCUUCCAAGUGUUUGCUCAAAAGUAAGUUGCAGGGAGUUCAAGGAAACUUACUCUGAAGUAAACAUCUACAUGACCCACAGCGUUGGAUAAAUAUUUGCAGAAUGAGGACCAAUAAUAACAAUCCCACUCGAUUCAAAUGCCAAGCAUACUCAGAGACACAACUGGGAGAGAUCAAGAAAUCUGAUAGCAUCUCUCUUGGUCUUUUGCCUGAAGACAUAGCAAUAGCUUGUGGAAGGACACAGAGCCUUACAGCUUGCAAACUCUGGUAUCCUAUUCAUUUGCUCUUCUGCCUCAAACUCCCCACCCCCAUGAUUUAUAACUCAUUCCCCAAAUAAAAUGUUGCCAUUGGAUACAAUCCUGCAAACACCACAUGCUAAUCCCCCUGAAGCGGGAACAGUUUGUUCUUAAAUACAGUUGUGAAUAAAUCUCACCCUUUUAAAGGAGACUCUAAAAUUUAAUUCGGCACCAGUGGCAGGAGAGAAGCCAAAGUUACUCUAGAAAAGUCAAACAGACCACACCCAUUCACCUCAGCCAAACAGAGGACUGCAUAAAAAGUUGUACUAGGCCCACACUUCUCAAACCAUAGUGUAGAGAAGCCCCAUUAUUAACUCCAACUGCAUUCACAUUUAUUUCUCCUUCAGAGGAAGAAAUCCCACUGUAAAAUAUGCAUGAAAUGUUGCCGCCCGCCCCCCAAAAAAUCUGCGCUGUGGCAAAUAGUCCUCCUUUCAGGAGGUUUUCCAAGGAGACCCCAGCUCACCUCUCCACUCACCCAUCAAGGGGCGACCUUGAGUCAGUCAACAUUUCUCAGCCCCAAAUCUCCCUCGCGGGACUGUUUUGAAAAUAAGAGCUGCAUACGCCACCCCACCCUGAGCUCCUUGGAGAAGGGUGGCACACAAAAUACAAAUAAAAAUAGUAAAUAGUAACCUGUAAUUGUUUACUCCGGAGGAUGAGGUCCCGCUCAAUUCCAUGGGUUCACCCGCCAAUAAGUGUGCAUGGGACUGAGGGCAUACCAGGAUGUGGCUCUACCGACCACCAUAUACCACUACCUAGAAAUGCCGGAGGGGGAGCGAAGGGGGGGGAUUAUGGCAUGCAACCUAAACGUUGAUAUGGUUUGCUCAGGCUGCAAAGCCUACGCACUUUCAAAGGGAAGUAAACCUAUCACUGUCACCCGUGAUCUGGAAUUUACUUCAGAGUCAACGUGCACUGGAUCGGGCUACCGAUGUGCGAAGAACUGGGGCGCGAGACGCACAGAGAGGUUUGUUUUCCAGCGGGAAAAAAAACAGGACUGUUGUAGGUCCCGCCUCCCAAAGGUUUGGAGAGCGGCUACUCCCCGCAUAUUAUUUUUAUAAUAUAUAUAUAGGGCAAGUUUUCGCGUGACACUAGCGACCCACGGAUCCAUCAAGUUAAUAACCGAGAGGAAGGAGAAAGAUGCCCGAAAGAGAGCGAGCGCCGGGGCAUCAGCAUUAGGGAAAGUCUGGCUGGAUUGAAUGUCCAAGAGCGGUUGUUGCUAUUUCUCCUAGGCUCUCCAAAAUGAAGGGAUUUUUAAAUAUAUAAACGAAAACUCCUUUCUGGCAGCGUGUUUCCAUUUAAAGUUCUCUCUCGUGCUUUCAGUAGAAACAUCACCGAGAUUGCGAUCACCAUUUGGAAAUAGCCAUCUAGGCAUUUUCUCCCAAGCACAUACUGCAAAUCCCCACUAACUUGAGUGGGUUUUGGCAGCGCAAAAUAAAUCGCCACAAGUAGCAUAACACCAGAGCAGCUGUGUUCCUCUGCAAGGCAUCAGCAGACUGAUUUAGAUUUGGAGCCGAGGGAAACACCGUUUUCCUCUCCCCACCUUAUCUUUUCCCGUUUUAUAGCUCCCAUCAGCAAGGAAAAACUUGACGGGGCUGAACUACUGCAACACCACCAGUUGCACUUUUCCAGCCAACAGCACAACUCAAUGUACGGAAGACAGAAAAAUCAGCCUUCUUUUUCUAAAACUCUCGCUUGGAGAAAGAAAUAAAAAAACUCUAGCAACAAGUGCCUGCAGAACAGCGCGAAAAGAAACACGAAUGCAAAGGAGUACCUGACGCUCCGCCGCCGCUUGCUCCAAUGAAGCUGCGAGCUCAAGCUGCUCCCGCUGCCCAGACUCAGCGCUCUGCAAUCCGAACGCCCCAGCUGCCACUCAGCGCGCACGAGAAACGCGAAAGCCCUUGCCGAACGCAACUUUCUUGAGCCAACCGCGACGCCGUACCGCUCGGACCGUACCAUUCCGCACCCUCGGAGAGGGGCCAGGUUAAGAAUAGAGCGAAAAAGAAGAGGGCGCUGAUCUGCGCGGAAAUCUCCCGCGAUUGUCUCUUAACGUGCUCACUGUAGCGUACUGCUGCGGAAGUGUGAAAACAGUUCUCCCCCCCAUUGCGUGGAUUAGUAGCGUCCGGCGAGGAGGGGGCGUGGCGAUUUGCAAAGCUGGUAACGGCGGCAACGGUGCGCGCGGGACGCGGCGAGUGUCCGUUAGGUAGGUCAGUUGGUCCGCCGAGCCGCCUGCUUUAGUUCGGGUUUCCCCUUGUCGCCUUUUCCCCGUCCUCCCCCCUCUUCAGAAACGCUCGUAGUAAGAGAAGGAAAGGUAUCUCGUAGCAGUCGUGACUUUCCUGCUCUUUCACCGCCGCCGCUGCUACGGUUAACAUAACGGUAAUGCUAAUUCUGAAGGAGAAAAGAGUGAGAAGCGGGAUUAAAUCGCUUCCGAAGGCUCAGACCGGUUUCUGUGAACGCGGGCGGUUUCUCCUCUGCCCCUUCCUCCAGUUUCUGUAGCACCAUAUUUACAUCUUGCUCGGGGCCACCGCUCCCGGCCAGGCACUCUGAUGUGGGCAAGGACGGAAGCCACGCGCCCCUCUUUAUACAGCUUUAAAGUAUUGCCGAAAUCUGGGGCGGGCGAGGGCUUGGCCAUGUAUACUUGGAGAGUCAAGGAGAACAAGAGGAUGACGAGUUGAUUUCAAGCAAGAGGCUCGUGGUGCCUUGAACACUUAACACAUUUAUUGUGACAUAUUGAGUUCGCCGUUUGGAGCCACCAUUCAUUCUUUACCUUUAGUUCGCUAAAGUUUAUGCCACAAGUUAUAUGGUUGUCUUUCUGGUGCCACAAGAGUCCUACUUGCGUUUGUUGUGACAUUCCAAACAAAGUUCUUCCUCUGAAUCUCAUUGCUUGCUGUGAGACUCGCACCCAAGUGUCCGUGCAUAGGAUUGCAGCUUGAGUUGCAGUAUUUCAUCUUCACGAUAAUCCCAUGAGGCAAGUUGGCACUUGGCUGAGAGGCUGAUUUGGCUGGUGGCCACCCAGCAAGCUCCUUGGUUCCUCCAGCAUCCAAACUCAGCACUCUAGCAUAGGUGGGGCCCAUGGACAUAGCCAGGAUGUUUGUUAAGGGGGGGAGGUCUUUUGUUGGGGGGACAGAACCUCAGUUUGCUAUGUAUUUUUAUUGAAUUUUAUUGAUUUGGGAAGGGCAGCUGCCCCUCCCUGCCCCCCCCGGCUAUGCCCAUGGAGGGACCCAGUCAUGCAUGCUACCUGACUCAAACCAAGGGGUGGAUAAGGAGCGCCUCUAAUAUUUAUUUUGCAUUGUAAAAAGCAGUUAACUGCAGUAGAAAUAUAUAUACAUAUAUAUAUAUAAAAAGUCCAGUAGUACCUUAGAUACCAACUAAAUUUGUUCUUGGGGACGCGGGUGGCGCUGUGGUCUAAACCACUGAGUCUUGGGCUUGCCAGUCGGAAGGUUGGCUGUUUGAAUCCCCGUGACGGGGUGAGCUCCCGUUGCUCAGUCCCAGCUCCUGCUAACCUAGCAGUUUGAAAGCACGCCAAAAAGUGCAAGUAGAUAAAUAGGUACUGCUCCGGCAGGAAGGUAAACGGCAUUUCCGUGCGCUGCUCUGGUUUCGCCAGAAGUGGCUUAGUCAUGCUGGCCACAUGACCUGGAAAAACUGUCUGUGGACAAACACUGGCUCCCUCGGCCAGUAAAGUGAGAUGAGCGCCACAAUCCCAGAGUCGUUCGCGACUGGACUUAACUGUCAGGGGUCCUUUACCUUUAAAUUUGUUCUUGAUAUAAGCUUUCAUGUGCAUGCACACUUCUGCAGUUAACUGCAGUUUAAUCUUUAUUCACCUUUUUGCUUGGAGGUAAAUGGGUCUUAAAUUAUUGGAAUAAUGCUCUUCAGUUUAAAGGCAAAAGAGAACUGGUGGAGCUAUCAAAUUAUUAGUUUAUUGAAAAAUAAUUACUAUUAAUGGCAAUCAGUAACUUUCAGUUAUCAGUAAUGGUUAUUGUGCUUCAAUAAAACUUAAAAAUAUUAAUUCAUAGCCAGCCCAGAUUAAGCUAGACUCAGUGAAAUUCCUAUCAAAAUUGCUGUCUUAUACAAAGGUGAAAUGAAAACAUAUACUUAGGUCAAAGCGCUGACAACGUUUUGAAGAAAGGAUAUCGGUUUUGCCAACCAGCAUCUAUAGCCAGUGUUGGUUUUCUUCAAAACCAUUAAGGUUCUUGGAAUUAAAUACAUUCAAGUCAUACAUUAAAUAACUUUAUAUGUUAUGAGACUUCAGAUAAGUGUGCAUAGGACUGCAGCCUUAGCACAUGUAAGAGCACAUAUUUAGAAUUAUACUAAGAUUUGUGUUGAAUACACACUUUGUCCCGAUUGCAUAGGGCUCUCAGGAGUCCGCUUCAGAUGUCCAGACUAAGCAUGCAAGAACAAAAAGUGUAUAAGGAGCCUGGGGCAUGCGUGCUGGUGCUGCCCCACAACAUCCCCAGCUCGUUGGUUCAAACCCCAGCCUUCCCACACUGAGCAGGAAGAAAAAUCUUUUAAAGCCCCUUCAGGAAGCUCAACACCAGAAGGUUAAGAAGUAGAGCCUGCUUGUGUGGGGACAAUGUGGGUGGGGCCAGUGUGCAUGCCUCUGCUCUGUACACGCUUUUUGCCCUGACCAGUUCAGGCUGAACACCAGAAAGAGGGCUCCAGUGCUCCUACUUUCAGACACUGACCAGGUCCACACCCACUUACCUUUGCCUUUGGAACUAAUGCAAUUUAAAUGCCUUGGUUAGACUGCUUGGUAUUAGUUUUAGAUACGUCAAAUCAUGCGCUUACUGUUUAAAUUUCCUGUUUUUAAUGUUUCCCUAGGUGUAAAAUGAUCAUACCAGUGAGAUGCUUCACUUGCGGCAAAAUCGUUGGAAACAAAUGGGAGGCAUAUCUUGGUCUUCUGCAAGCUGAGUAUACAGAAGGGUAAGGACUCUGCUUCACACUCUUGUGUUUUCACAACUGUUUUGAGAAAAGUAUCUAUUAACAUUUUGUAGUAGUCUAGGGAUCAUUCACAAAAAGGUAUGUAUAACACUCUUUAUCCUGUGCUCAUGUUUUAUGAAGUGUAGGUCCAAUUUUUAUAAAUAAUAAUUUCAUCAGUAUAGAACCAUAUUAAUAAUGAAAGCAUAAACUCAGGGAUAUUUUAAAGUGCAAUCCUAGUCCUGUCUACUCAAAACUUAGUCCAAUGAAUUCAGUGGAACUAACUCCAAGGGUAGUGGACUUAGAAUUGCAGCCUAAGCAAGUUACCUACAAAUAAUUGAGAUUGCCUGAUUUUCUUGAGGGGGCUUUUGAGAGUUCUAUGGGGGAAAUGUAGCUACAGUACUGAGGAGCUAACAUUGGAGACAUUUUAAACCCCCCUUUGCUUUGCUUUGCUUUUUCUCAGAUAUGGCUCAGUGUAGAAGGUUGUACAGUGGUGCCUCGCAAGACGAAAUUAAUUUGUUCUGCGAGUUUUGUCGUCUUGCGAUUUUUUUCGUCUUGCGAAGCACGGUGUCGGGAAAGUUUUGGGAAAGCUUCAAAAAUCACCAAAGUCUUUAAAAACCUCAAAAAAGGCUACCACACCACGUUCUAUGAGUUGCUCCUCAAAGUCAAGUCGCAACUGUAUUAACGGUGUUAAGAAAAGGAAACAAACUUGCAAGACGUUUCCGUCUUGCAAAGCAAGCCCAUAGGGAAAAUCGUCUUGCGAAGCAGCUCAAAAAACAAAAAAACCUUUCGUCUAGCGAGUUUUUUGUCUUGCGAGGCAUUCGUCUUGCGAGGUACCACUGUACUCUGAUUAAAAGAAUCCCUUGCUGCACUUGAAAUGAAUUAUGAAAAUUGGAAAAACUUCCAUAAACAUGCUUGAUUUGCAUAUUUAAGUUGGAUUGUAUAAACUUGAAUUUCCUUUGCCUAACUACACUGCUUCCCCGAAAGUAAGACAUCCCCCGAAAAUAAGACCUACUUCCAGUUUUGCCUCUUGCUGUAAUAUAAGGCCUCCCCCGAAUAUAAGGCCUCCCCAAUAAUAAGGCCACCCCGGAAUAUAAGGCCCCCAAAGCUACUGUAAGGCUUUGUACCAUAUGCAGGUAAUAAAUUUCCUUUUUUUUUUCAACAGUAAAUGUGUACUGUGUUCUUCUUCAUGGAAAAAUAAGACAUUCCCUGAAAAUAAGACCUAGCGCAUCUUUGGGAGCAAAAAUUAAUAUAAGACACUGUCUUAUUUUCGGGGAAACAGAAAUUCAAGUGAAAGUUCUUAGGCUGAUUUAGAAAAAAUCAUUUGGUUGACCUCAGUCUUACAUUGCUGAACUUUAAGUGAAAGCACUUUCCCACAUAUAAAACUUACUGACAAAGUGAGAAGUGAAUGUCGAACACAAUUGGAGCAUUUCAAAUAUAAAACUUACUGACAAAGUGAGAAGUGAAUGUCGAACACAAUUGGAGCAUUUCAAUCUCUCCCACACAGGUAGAGCUGCAAGAACUGACACUAUUUCAGCAUUUAUAUUCAAGCAUCCUCUAGUGCUCUGAUUAAGCAUUACCAUCUGACAUGGCAAACAAAUCAAUGAACAGAAGAUAGUGUUGCCCAUCUUUUGUACAGUGGUGCCUCGGGCUAAGAACUUAAUUCGUUCUGGAGGUCCGUUCUUAACCUGAGGUACCACUUUACCUAAUGGGGCCUCCCGCUACUGCUGUGCUGCCGUGCUGCGAUUUCUGUUCUCAUCCUGAAGCAAAGUUCUUAACCCAAGGUACUAUUUCUGGGUUAGCAGAGUCUGUAACCUGAAGCGUCUGUAACCUGAGGUACCACUGUAUUUCAGUGUAAUGUUUUGCACAAACAUAACUCUCUUGCAUUUCUGUUAACAGUAUGGUCCUAGCCUUGCUUCCAUAGUUCCAUAGGCUUAUUCCCAGGUACAUAUAGAAUUGUAGCCAUGGUUCCAUUUUUCAGAAAACAAUUCUGUUUCUCUUGAGUAGUAUGAAAUGACAGGCCCCAUUGUCUUGCUGAGUCCUCAGAACUCUUGAGAACUUAGAACAUCUAAGAUCCUAUAAUUAAUUAAAGGCUAAUCUUAGAAAGUACCUAAACUUUCUGCUGUCACGCUUCUUUCCCCCCUGUGGUUACAGGAGUUAGACACUUUUAAAAGGAACUGAAAUUCUAUUUUAGGGCAUUUUAAAUAGUAUCUGGUUUUUUAGAAUACCAAUUAGCUCUUAAAAGGUGCACAGGUUUUUGUGAGCUGCAUGAUAUGAACACUUGGUUUAAAUUUGAUGAUAUGAAAAGAUGUUUUGUAUACUAGAACGAAGAAGCUUCUUUAUUUCUACUGUGUCGCUGAUGCUGCUAAAAAUAGAGUAUAACACAUGUAAUAUGUUAUCUGAACAGUGGUUCCAGCUCAUUCAGAGCCUUUCUUUCAACAUGGUAGUUUCAAAUGCAUGAAUUAUAUAGAAAAGCAUAAGGAACACUUGCUUGAUUUUUAAAAAUCACAAAGUAUCAAGUGCUGUGGCAGAUUUCUACCUAUUAACCUUGUUUUAAGAGCUCAUGUGUUUUAAGAAAAAUGCUAGUACAUACUUCACUUAUGGGUGCUACAUAAUUCAGCUUCUGAGACCUGUGUAACACUAUUUUCCAAAUAUGAAUUAAACAUCUAGAUAAUAUAAAAUCAGAAACAGAUAGAAGGAAAAGAUGAAGAAAGGCUUUCUUUCUUGACUAGCUAGUGUCUAGAGAAGUCUCAUAUAUAAUUCUUCGUUGUUGCUGCUGUGUCCAUCAUUUUUCUUACCUUUGCAGCAUUGUUUCUGGUUGUAGUUAAUCAUAGCCAUUCUGCUAGCAAUUGAUUUUCCCUUGCAAAUACAGAAUUGGAAUUUAUGGAUCUAGAAUUUGAGAUUAAGUAGUACUUUAGUACAAUAUUUGCAUGAUAAAUGCACCUGAAUUAUGCCUUGGGCAUAAAUCAGAUUCUCUUGCAAUUUAUUGUAUGAUUUUACAUUGACCAAGUGGGUAGACAAUACAUAUUUGAGUUUCUCCCUUGCAGCAAAGCUGUCUGUUAGCUCAGUGCCUACUCACAAUUUUGAGGGCAGAUCUAUAUGUCAGAUAUUAUUAAAAUCAUUUCUUGUAGCAAAAAAUGGGUCAGCUAAAGGGAAUAAUUUACUUGUCUGAGGAUGCAGAGAUUUUGCAGAAUUUGGAAAUGCUGUUUUUCUCUUACAUUGAGUUUCUUCAGACAGUUAUUUAGAAUAUUGGAGGUGGUAAAAAUAUUCAAAAAUCUAUUCAGUUCUGAUGAUUAGUUUAGCUAAAAAUAUUCCACAUUCAGAGUUUUAAAAACUACACCAUGGGUUGAUAACAAUCAAGGUGUGGGGGCUUAUUUUAAGUAUUUUGUAGUGCCAAACGUUUCUGCGAUUUUGGGAAGGUUAACAGCACAAUCUUAUGUGUGUCUACUUGGAAGUAAACCCCACUGUUUAGGAUUGCAGCCUAAGUGCUAAAAAUAAAAUAAAUAUGAAACUGAUUGAGCCUCUAUUAAAAUAUUUGACAGGGUGAUUUAUGUUGUUACCAUUAUUUGAAUAACUUCUGAGGUCAUACACUGUACUGAAGAUUUUAUCCUAUGAGGAAAUCUAGUGUGUGUGCUGGAGGCCUCUUAAGUUCAAGAGGCACUGUCUUAUUAUGCUCAUCAGCUUUCUGCUUCUAUUUUAUGACUUCUACCUACUUGAUCUGUGAGCAUCUCACAUCUCAAACUGAAUGUUAAUUACUCUAGUAGGCCCAUAAUGGGAAUGAGAACUUGGUUUGCCCAUACCACCACCCUAGCAUAAAUCAUGAGCAAAAUUCUUAAAUGGGAAAUUUAUUACUUUAUUACAUGUCAAAAUGUACAUUAAUAACACUUGGAAAAACUCAACUUCUUUUUGAAUGUGUUGCUACAUCAGAGGGUCAACUGCCCAGCCAUUGCUAAUCUUAGCUCAUCAGUCUCCAUUGAAAGCCCCAAUGGAACAGAAACAAAUGCUGACCUAAAAGGUCAGGUUAGACACCAGAGAAGCUGUAUCUUUUAAGGUAGAGGAUAGAUAGCAAAGCCUGAACUUGGAGUUAACUGGCCACUAAUAAGAAAGAACCUGUCUAAAACAGUCACCAAACCUACUGUCCCCUCACUGAUCAUUUAUCACAUUCAUUAGAGCAGCAUAGGGAAACCUCUGGCCCACUGGCAUACUAAUCCUGCCAGACCUCCCCAUUUGGCUGGUAAGGUGAUGCAGGGGGCACACAUUCACCUGUCCAUCAUGAUUGGUGAAGGUACAGAGCCAAAUUCCAGAGGUAGAACUGGGAGUGAACUGUAAGUUUCUAGCCAAUUCUUCCUUUCCAGCCUCUGCUUCAAUUUGGUACUUCUUGAAUUUGGCACCUUUGUUGCCCUGCCUAGCUGCAGAAAAAGGACCCCCCCCCCCGUGUGUGUGUGUGUGUGUGUGUGUGUGUGUGUAUUUAAAGUGCUUGAGAUUAAAAUUGGGAGUGAUCCCAAUUCUUCCUUUGUAGCUGCAAAUAAUUGUGAGUGUCAUAUGAUGCCAGGUUAAAGAUGGCUCCCACUACUAGGCUAGGAGGACCAAUAGCCUGACUUAGACUAGCCAUGCCUACUUCAUGGCCUCUUACCAAACUGCUUUUGUUCCUCCAGUCCUGCUGCUACUGCAGCGUUCAAAAUACAUGUGUGUAGGAAGACUUUAUAUUGGACCUACAGAAUAUGUCAAAAUGGACAUCUGUUGUUUGAGAGUGCUUCCAAAGCCUUCCGGUGUUUGCUAACUUCUUUGCUGAAGGAGACAUUUGGGUAUAAGGUGAUUCAUAAAAAGUAGUAGUAGUAGUAGUAACGACGACAAAUAAUACUUAGAUCGGGGUGGACCAUCUGCUGUAAUCCUGCUUCCCCUACUAUGCAUAUUCAUUCAUCCUGGGUUUGUGGUGAAAACAGCACUUAUUGUAUGGAUGGGAGAGAGGGAAGUUAGAAAGGGCUCCUGAAGAUUGCUAGAAGCCAGAAGUGUUUGUGAUGGGGAGCACAGUGAAUCACAAAGCACAGGCAUGGUGUAAAAGUAAGCUAAUACUAGAUGUGUUUUCAGGUAAUGGUUUGUUUAUAUGUCUUUGGGAGAACGAAGCUCCUUCAGGAGCCCAAUACCGGCAGAAACGGUGUUCUGUGCAUUUGAUGCUUUGUUACAAGACUAACAUAAACUAGUCCACAGACAUACAAGCUUGUGGGUUUCCCGCCUACCCUCCAGUCUUUUUGUUUUCUUGGAACAUAAGGGGGGAAAGUCUGUGGCUAGGUAGACCUUAAUUAAGAGACAGAUGGCUGAGAUUUCAUCUUAGGGAUCCAAUAACUGUUCUUAAAGAGAAACUCAAGGCAGGCAGGCUGGCUAUGAUGGAAGUUGUGUACUUUUCAGGCACACUUUUACAUCUGCUUCUUUAAUGGGCAAAUAAUAAAGUUAAGCCUGUCACAUUCAGUAUUGUUAAAAUGUGUUUAUAGUCAUAAUGAAUUAAAAAACUAAAAACUAGCAGAUUAUCAAAGUGAAACUUAGAGAACAGUAACUUGAGUACAGCAGCAGUCUUGUAAAUGGCUCUGAGGAUAGCAUUUUCUAAAAUCAAGCCGUAUAUAAAUGUUAUGAAAUGAAAAAUAAAUAGCAAUCCUAUUCGUCUGAUCCUUGGGGAGUGGGGGUUCAGCCCCCUACCACAGUCAAUCACCUUGCUUCUAUGGACUAUAUUUUAAUAUUUUUAGAAUAUUUUGAAAUUGUUUUAGUUUUUUAAAAAAUGUUUUAUUAUCACUGUGCCUGCCACCCUAUAGUUCCUCUUCUAUCUCAUGGACAAGGCUUUUCCCUUUAUUUGGCUGGGAUCAGGUUUCAGCAUGCUGCUUUUCUUUCAAACACACCUGCUUUUUGUUUGUUCUUAGUGAUGCUUUGGAUGCUCUGGGUCUGAAGAGAUAUUGCUGUCGGCGAAUGCUGCUUGCCCACGUGGAUCUGAUUGAGAAGCUCCUGAAUUAUGCCCCUCUGGAGAAAUAA